AUGGUGAAAGAUCACGAGGACCCCGCCACCGCCUCAAUCGAGUUGUGGGAUCAUGAGCUGCCGGAUGGCUCAUCUUUAUCUACGGGCAUGGACCGUGUCAAUGCAACUUGCACUGACUCUAAACCCCUUUCUGCGGAUACAUCAUCAUUCCCUACUCGUUCAUUUGGACUCACCGGUUCAUUGUCACUUCAUGAUUAUCGUAAACAUUUGGCACAAGCUGCAGAGUAUAACGACGAUCCCGUAGAUCGUUCAGAAAAAACACUCAAGCGAAAAACGGGAACAAGCAAUUUGAACCGACCUCCUGAUAUCUCAACACUUUCCUCGUACGCUGUCUCAAUCUCAUCAUCUGGGGCAUCUAGUCCGCCACCCUUGUCGCCAUCCUGUUCACACAGUGUCAUCUCUCAACGAAGCGAGCUUGACGAGGUCUCGGACCUAACUCUUGAUCAGCUGCAGCUCGGUGCGCAUCCUGUCCAGGGGCCACGAGUUGAUCUUGUCUCGGAAAACCUGGUUCGUCCAAGACCUAACAGGAAACGAUUGAACACAUUUCGCCAAAAGCUUGAGGCUCGUGGACAAAUUCAGCACUCGCCUCUAUCCCGCCCCCAGGAUUCCGAGAUGUUGGCCACCACGCAGGCCGCUGCCACCAUCUCUCAUGGCGGGGCCUCCUUUGAGAUCUUGAACCCACGCAAGUCGCUGGAUCUCGCGCGAAUUGUUUCCUUCAUUGAAGAUGUUGACACCUGCUCGCUUAUGUCGGCGGACCAAAUCCGCGACUCAAUGGUGUCCUCGUUCACUAUAGACCAAGGACUGGAUCGAAGCUCGCUCUCCCAAUUUACAGACGCCUCGUUACCUUCUCACUACUCUUCAUCACUAUAUACUUCUCUCUCAACGGCAUACUCCACGCCCAAGAUGCAAUCAGCCGAUAUUCCUUCCUCGUCACCUGGGGUGCACGAUCGAAUCCACUCGCUAUCCGACUUCUCUCUUCACGAACACAACUACUGGACCUCAGACAGUUAUCAUGAGCCAGAGCAACAAAUCAAAUACGAUGAUGACAUUCCAGGGGAAUCAUCCAGAGCCCACAUGGUAUCAAUCUCAGAGAGACAGGAAUCAAGGGAAGACCUUCCCUCAGAGCCGGACUCCCCACGACCAUCAUCCUCUUCCGUACCAACAUACUACUCCGGAGAAAGUGAAAUCGGGGAGCCAGGCUCCCCAGUCUACGCGAACGGAGAAUGGUCGCAGGUCGACGAACGUGACCGUGGCAUCUUCCUCGAUCUCCCAUCUCCCACCUAUUCCACUUUUGAAAGCAAACCACCCUCUCCACCUCUCUCACCAUACGAUACCUACCUCGCCAACACAAUGUCCCCCGCCUACUCUCAAACUUACGAUCCCUAUGACCCUAUUUACUUUGAUCCCCAUGUACAAUCCGUGCUGGCCGCGGCCAACGCCGAGAACAUGGGCCUCCGCGGCUCACCUCCCGGUGCGCUGGACGACUUGCAGCGGAGGUUCCAAAAUUCCCGCUCUCUUUCUGGCGAUGGUACACGCAAAGGCGACAAUGGGAAGCAGCGUAAAAAGCUACGCAAGUUCUUCAGCUGGCGUUCUGGGAAUUGA